AGGACCACGUGACGAACCGGAAGCAACAAGCCGGCUCAGGUUAGAAAUAGUUCAGGAAAAUAUCAGCCGAAAGGAGUUUGUAGGAAAAACGUAAAAAAAUGGACAGGACGGUGAGUGUACAGAACCAAGCCAACAAAACCCCCACAGUGACACUCGUGGAGAGCAGCUCAGCCCCCAGCGGGGUGGAACUGGUCAGCUCCUACCAAACCAACAGAGUGGGGGACCCCACAGACCUGGUGGCCCUGGCAGAACAAGUACAAAAGGGAGAUGAUUUUGUAAAAGCCAACGCUUGCAACAAGCUGACUGUGAUUGCAGAUCAGAUCCGAUACCUGCAGGAGCAAGCGAGAAAGGUGUUGGAAGAAGCAAAACGAGAUGCUGACCUCCACCACGCUGCCUGCAACAUGGUGAAAAAGCCAGGCAACAUGUAUUACCUCUACCAGAGGCCUUCUGGACAGAAAUACUUUUCCAUCAUCUCUCCAAAGGAAUGGGGACCGAGCUGCCCUCACCCGUUCCUCGGCUCGUUCAAACUCCAGCACGACAUGUCGUGGACUCCUGUGGAGGAUGUGGAGAAGAGGGACGCACAGGUGGCCAUCAUGGACAAACUUCUCAAACAGCAGACGGCCCUUCCUGUGUGCACCGGACCCAACUUUAAAGGCCUCGCUGAAUAAAGAACUGCCAACUACAACGAUGAUGAUGA